AUGCUCAGUCGUGCCAGGUCGCUAAGCCGUCCUGUACCUUUAGCUGUCAGAUGCGCAAGAACACAUGCUGCCCGGGGCUUCAAGACCUCUACAGCAUCAUUGGCAGCCGCACGAAAUGCUUCACCAAAGGCAGUCAAGAAAGACAAGAUCGAAAAAGUAUCCGCCACCCUUACAGAGCAAUCUCAAAUUAGGAUCAAGGGCGAGACGGCAGGGGACUCUGCCGAGUACCGCACUUUCCCCAACCUCUGGCUGCGAGAUAACUGCCAGUGUGGAAGCUGCGUCAAUCCAGACACAAGACAAAGGAACUUUGACACCUUCCAAUUGCCAAAGGAUGUCCGACCAGUCAAGUUUUCGGAGACAGAAAAGGCUCUCGAGAUUGAGUGGUCUGAUUCUCACAACAGUUCGCAUCCCUGGUUAUGGCUUCGUAGCUUGUUCAAGAAAGGAUAUAUCGAAGAGUUUGGCAAAGACCAUCCAACCCGAUACUGGGGUCAGGACGUAGGGGGCAAAAGCAUUGAGGAAAUGCCCCCCUAUGUUGACUAUGAACAUGCCUUGAACGAUAAGGAAGGCAUGGCUAGACUAACCAGAAACAUCUGGAUGCGUGGGUUUUGCUUUGUUGAGAAUUCGCCUCACACCCCUGAGGCGACUGAAAGCCUCCUCAAGAAGAUCGGUCCAAUUCAGAACACCCAUUAUGGAGGAUUCUACGACUUCAUUCCAGACCUGGCUAUGGCUGACACCGCCUAUACAAACCUCGCCCUCCCAGCUCACACAGACACCACGUACUUCACCGAGCCUGCUGGCCUACAAGCCUUUCACUGUCUCUCACACGAGGCACCUCCUGACGCAGACCCAAGCGAGCCAUUGGGAGGCGAGUCGUUACUUAUUGAUGGCCUCAACUGUGCCCGAAUUCUACAAAAGAAGUAUCCGGACGCGUAUGAUGUUCUUCGAGCUGUCAAACUCCCUUGGCACGCUAGCGGUAACGAAGGCAUAGCCAUUGCGCCGCGUUGUGCGUUUCCUGUCAUCGAAGAGCACGGCAACACCCCGUUCCGAAUUCGCUGGAACAAUGAUGAUCGUGGAGUUGUGAAUGUCUUCCAGGCAGAACAGUGGUAUGAUGCCGCUCAGAAGUGGGUUGAGAUCGUGCGUCACGAAAGCAAUGAAUUUUGGUUCAAGUUGAACCCAGGCCGCAUCCUUAUUUUCAAUAACUGGCGGAUCAUGCAUGGGCGAAGUGCGUUCCAGGGUACUCGCCGCAUCUGUGGAGCUUACGUACCUUAUGAUGACUUCGUUUCUCGUUACAGAACCACCAAUUUCGAACACGAGCAGGUUAUCGGGCACAAUCUCCAUUCCAGCCCUUCAGAUACGCUUGCACGGAGCAAGACCGACUACAACAGGAUCACUGCAGGUCCUUAG